UCUCACGCAGGUGGCGCUACCCACAUAGCAGCAGAAAGAACAGAACGGUGAGCGCUUGUUUUUACCCUUUGCAGUUACUGCAGCAUCGCUUUUUUGUGUGAAUUUAGUCAAUUUUAAUCUGAAAACCGACAGCUGGAAGGGACAACCUGCUAGGAUCCACCUGGCAUCAUGUCCUGCAUAACAAGCCAACAAGCCUGAGUUAACACAUCUGACCAACUAGACGGAGUCAUCCAGUCUUCACUUUAGCUUUCUUUAGGGAUGGCAUUAUUUCGACAGCUGCGGCUUCUUCUCUGGAAGAAUGGGCUGGUAGCCAUCAGACAGCCAGUAUGGUCUCUGACCCUGAUCAUCUGGCCCCUCAUUAUCUUCAUCAUCCUUGCUGUGACACGGAACCAGUUUCCUCCAGUACAAAAAGAUACAUGUUAUGUCUCACCCCGGAACCUACCCAGUGCAGGGUUCUUCCCUUUCCUGCAGACUCUCAUGUGCAAUACAGACAGCAGCUGUAAUAAUGAAUCAUAUCUGGUGGAUCCAGCAGCUCAGAAAACAAGGUCAACCCAACAGAGGAGCUCUCCUCUGGGAAGCCUGGUAAAAGGGGCUCCUUCUUUCGACAGUGAUUUCCUCAAAGACAUUAAUCCUGGCACACUUCUUGCAGCCUUGAAAGACAUUUAUGGUGCACCUGUCCAACAAAGGGCUAAUAAUGUAUCUUCAAUGAAUGAGUAUAACACACUUCUGGGAGAUCAGGAAUUCUUGAACCAAUCUCAGGGGUCAGUGAACGUGCUGAAGAGGGCUGCAUGCACCAUGAUUCUGCCCAUGAUAAACACGACCUCGUCCAGCACCCUCAACUAUGCCGUGGCCGCUUAUUGCCAGUCCAACAACACUGUGUUAGAAGUCUCACUCCGAACACUCAACCAGAUACUGACAGAGCUAAUGGUGACAAAACCAGAUGAAAUGCUGAAGAAGGCUGGGGUGAUGAUGGAGGCUUUCGAUCAGCUGCAAAAUCACCCCGCUCUGUGGGAAAGCCUUCUAGCAGCCCCUCGGGCCUUAUCUUCUGGUUCUCCUGACCAAGUGCUGGGCAGCACCAAUGACCUACUCACCCAUUUACAAGGUGCUCUGCAUGUCACCAAGGGCAAUUUCUCUGACACUGAUGCUGCCCUUUCCUCCCUGCAUCCAGUACUUGUUGGAGGCAUCAACAUGAUCAACUACAUUCAAAACUGGCCUGGCAAAAAUGUGUCUGUUUCUCUCGGGGACAUUAUCGCAUUGCAAAAUGACUCAAUAAGUGAAGUGGUGAAACAUGUUCUACCAGAGGUACAGAUACCACUGCACCAGGCUAUCGUCUUGGCAUGGGACAAGGACAUGGCGCGUUCCUACGUGUGUAACAAUGGCAGUAACUCAGUUUUUGUAACAGCAGCAUGCAGUACAGGCACUAUGGACAUUCUUCUGAGUUGGAUCAGCCCUUACAAGGUGGCUACGCAGGCUCUCCUGGCAUGGAGUAAGGAUGUUGCUCCACAAGAUGUGGCCUUCGUAAAAGGGCUACUGCACAGUAUGACUGAAGGUUCAUACCCAGGAGGACAGGGAGCUUCCACCUCGAGGGCCCGGCGUAGCAUAGACACACAACCACAAAACAUUGAAGAGGAGCUGUUUUUGAGCAUUGGUCAAGUGGUGUUGGAGAUUAUAGAAGAUGUCCCUGAAGUGGAUAUGUUUGUCCAGAGCAUCCUCAGAACCAGCUUUCAGGUCAUGACGUUGGCAGCAGAGGACCUCGAAGGUGCAGAAGAAAUGAUGGUCAGUGUCCUGAAAGUUUUUGAGCUGCUCCAACCGAUAAAUCGAACAUUGGCAAACGAGUCUGAUUCAAACGUUUGGAUGGAUUAUGUCAUGGACGAAGUGACGGAAAUUAUUAUGAAGAGUCUGACAUCUGAGUCGCUGAAGUGUGAGGACCUCCUGGUGGAUCCCUUUGAGUGGCUUUUAAACAAUCAGAGCAUAAUCAUCAACAUGUGGAUGUCAGUGAUCUGCCAGAGCAACUACUCUACUCUGCAGCAAGUUCUACUGAUGGACUGGCCAACACUAAUGCAGAAGGCACAAGAGAUUUACAGCAACCUCACAGACCAAGCAACCUACAAUGUCACCCUCCACAUGGUUCUCUCUGAGUGGCAGGAGUUGAAGAGUCACAGUCUGCGGUUUCAAGCACUUUUGGAAAGGCUGACCACAGGGCUGGGUCAAGUGUACUGGAUGAACUGGACGCCAGAUAGUGGCAUUCAUAAUGCCACUGGGACUCUUCUGGAAAGUGUUUUCUUAUUCAUGGUGAAUUUUGGAGAAAAGCUUGAGGAGAGUCAACUAUGGCCCAAAGUAAAGGACUAUUUCCACACGAUUUUCUGGAUUUUGAGCUACAGGCCUAAUGUCUCAAUACACCCAGCAAACUGUUCUUUUGAUAACCACACCAUGGCCCUUCACUGCGAUACAGGUUUGAACUGGCCACAGUUUGUUCAAGCAGUGGCUCAGGCUCUGAUGUCACCAAGCAAAGCCCUGGUGAAUUGUCUCAAUGGAACUUUGAAUUUGUUGGAGUAUGUCUAUGGUGACAUCUAUAAAUAUGUGGUAGCAUCAAAUCUGACACAAGAAAUCAAAGGAGAAGAUGUGCUCUCUGCCUACCUGAAUAACCUGACUCGUAACCUGGAUGGCUUUUUCCAGAUGGCCUCCAUCCAUCCUGACAGGAACACCUCUAACCCUCAUGUCAUGCUUCCCCUCCUUGGUUACCUGUUACAGCCUACAGGCCUGACACCACUGCUGCCUCUGUUUUUUAGUGAUGACCCCAUUAACGCUUCCACUGUGAUUGAUAUUGCUUCAAACCUUGGCAGGAGCAACCAGCACAUUUUCAUCUUCAAUGAUACAGACCCAUCAGUGCCUGAACUUGAGCAGCUGUUAAUGCAGUUCUUCUCUUUGGAUGGUAACCUCACCCUGUCUAUCUCUCACAUCAUAGGGUACAGUCUGCUUAGCUAUUAUAACUACUUCAACCUUGAGGAUGUGGCCCAUCUCAGAGAAAGCAUCCAGCCUUUCAAAAACCAGACCUCAGCAGGCCUUGUAGGUAUCCUCCGUGCCAUGGAGCUACUGAAGACGGUGAUAGAUUCUCAAAAUGGUGACCCAGUUAACGUCACUCUUUUGUAUAUACGUCAGCUUCAAGAAUUGGUGAUGUCUCUGUGUAAAUUCCAGAAAAUCAAACAACACUUGUUACCAAGUGGGCAGAUGAGUGUAGCACAAGUCAUUGGCCCCCAAAUGCUUUCCAAAGACUUCUUCAACUUCCUCACCCCAGAGAACCUUCAGAAUCUGACUCGGGCUGGACCAGAUGCUGCCCAGAACAUUCUUAUCCAGACAUUUGUAGCAUUCCUACCAGCUGGCAUCCAACAGAAGGCUGCUCGCUUUCUCCAACACUUCCAAGCCUUGCAAUAUCAAAUUUCCAAAUGUGCAGAAGGCCAAAACUGUUCGGAUGACAUCUCAAAUAUUUUCACAUUCUUGGAUCAGAUAUUAGACAUGAUGCGCUCAGCCGACGGUAAUGCCAGCAUCAACAUAACUGGAAUCAACACUGUUCUGGGGGGAUGGGAAAAUGAAGAAAUUACAUCCACUUUCUUUUCGCUUCUCCUGUCCCCAGAUGAUGCUGCCGAAGUGGAAACAUUCAAAAAGAUUUUUUAUUUCAUCCGACUGAUCACAGCUACACAAAAUAUUUCUUUGUCUGAUAUCCAGACUACUCUGGGAAAGUUAAACUUGACCCUUGACGAGCUGAAUAACAUUGCUGCACUAGCUGGUACUGACAAUAUCAAUGACCUGAUGGAUAAUAUAAUGGAGAUUAUCAAUGCUCGCAAGUGUUUUGAACCACAGAAUGACUUGAUGAUGACAACUCAGUGUGUGAUGGGAUUCAUAAACGGGAUCAGUCGUUUCCUGACUCACUUACCUGAUUUCUCUAACGAGACCGACUUUCUCUCCCUCAUCCCAUUAAUCUUAAAUGAAACUUUCAGUGACGUUGUCCAAGUUAACGUGAGCUCCAAUCCCAACAUGUUUAUUGUACACCUCUUGAACAGCACCCUGGCCAAUAUCAAGAUGAGCCUCCAGCUGAACCAGAUGAACACUUCAGAGAUCAUGAAUGAAAUCAAAGUGUUAGAGGAUCUGAUGCAACUCUUAGACAACACAGACCCAUUUACCAACAGUUUGAACACCACCUUAAUGGAGAACCCCAUAUAUGCCCAGAAAGUAUCUAUUGAGAUUGUGGAAUGGUACCUGAAAAGGCUGGAAAAUAUCACCAGCAACACCUCAGUCUCAGAGCUCCUCCGUCCAUUUUUCUACCUCACACAAAUGCAACUGACAUUCCAGUUGGCACAGACAGACUUCUCUUUGUAUGUCAGUAAUCAGAUCCAGUUCUUGAUAGACAGUAUCCCACACCCAAUAGAUGGUGAAGGGGUGAUUAAAAUUGGCUACACAGUUGUUGAGAUUCUCCAGCAUCUAUUUAACAUCACAAAGGACAACCCAGUUUUAGAGCCACUGUUCAAGACAAUCAUUCUGAAUACCUCUAACCACCACACUGAGCUAUACCUUGACCUCAUAGAAAAAUGGAUGGAACAACCCAAUGUCACAUUGAUCCUAACCAAUAUUCUUCAGUGGGGUAACUCCUCCAUGAAUGUCUCCAACCAAAUGACAGACAUCCAGCAGCUGCAGCAGACAGUGGCCAAUUUUCUCAGUGAUGAUCAACUGGCCUACCUCGCUAUGAUUGGCAAUAUCACCCGGUCCUUGAGCAAAGUCCUAAUGGUGGCAGAGCAGCCAGGUGGUUUACAGAGUGAUCACUUCUUAGCUGCCAUCUUGGAAGUUGAAAAAAGUGCUAUGCAGUUACUGACUAACGCCACGGGCCACAUGCCGCUCUCUGUACAGCAGGACAUCCUGGAAAUUGUGCAGUAUUCAUUAAAACUCCUCCUCCAACCAGAUGUGAGUUUUGCCUCAUCACAUAACAUCUCCCUCCUUAUCCUCAAGAGAGCUGAGAAUAUCAUCCAACAAACAAUACCGGGUAUGUUCGCUGAUUACCUGCUUUAUGGACUCAAAGUAGCAACCACAUAUUUUGAGGGCAUCGCCACAGCUGGUGGACCAGAGCACUGGAAUGACUUGGUUUUGAAUGAGAUGAAGACUGUCCAGAGCAUCCUGCCACCAAACAGCACAGUCCAGGCCUACAUUUCUCUGCUCAUUAACAUCACACACUUUAUCUUGGAGACUGGCCAAGGCAACAGGAGUCUGUGGGAAGGUUUUGAGGGUGUAUCAGUACAAAAUGCAACCAUAAUUACUGAGCAGAUGGGUAAACUCUUGAGCAUUCUUUGGCCACUUGGCAUGGGAGGUCCAAACUCAAAUUCAACUGCUCAAUCACUGGAGGGCUUUUCUUCUUUUGUUCCAAUCCUGGAGCAGAUAAUUACUUGUCAGGCAGACAACGACACAUGGGACAAACUUGAAAAGGUGCUAGAAGCCCUACUGUCAACCCUUGAAGAGACAGAGCUACUGGACAAUGCCUCAUCUGGUAUGCCACUGUUUGAAAAAUCCAUUGGACGUUUGGUGAACAUCAUCCAAGCACAGAAUGUGAUGAUGGCAAGCCUCCAGAAGCCCUUGGUGAUCCUGAUGAGAGAAAUUGUACAGUCUGUAAACACCAGUCAUUACAACUUCUCUCAGGUCCUGCCAGGAAUGCAGCAUGCCAUUGAUUCCACAAUACAGGCAGCUCAGUGUAAUGGUACUUUGAAGUGCAGUGAAGCCCUCAACAUAUGGGAUCCAGUAAUAGAGGCAGCAGGAUUAAGCUACAACACCAUGGCAAUGUGGUGCAACAUCAGCCUGCAGCCUGCUUUGGAGGCCUCUGUUGCAGCACAGACUGCCUUCUCAAACCUCAGCAUGAGUGAUAUGGGUGAGGAACCAAUGACUGAGAGUGCCACAGCUGCCAGGAUUGUCAAGACUGUACAGUCUCUCUACCAAGUCUGGGUUAAUGAAACACUUGUGACAGAGCAGCUUAUCAUGGCUUUCUCCAAUGAGUUCUCUGAGUUGUUUGGCCAUCGUCUCAGCCCUGAGGUACAGCUUUACUGGCAGAGGAAGCUCCAGGAGAUGCACAUGCAAACCAGCGUGUCUUCCAUGAGAAUGCUCUCAGGUGAACUGCGAAGCAAGAUCCCAUCCCUCCAACCCUACACUGACGCUGGGGAGAAAGCACUGGACUACAUCCUGAACAACUACAAUCUCAUUAAAAACGGCAGCUCAUCUGAAGACUUCUUCAGAAAAGCAGCAAUGAUCUUUCUAACGUCAGUGAACAUCAGCCCAGACAUCUUCUCUGAAAUGUGGGGAAAUUGGUCUGGAGUCAGUGAGUCAUCUUAUAUUGAGAUGAUGAGGGGCAUUAUCAAACUGAUGGGUGACCUCCAUAUACUUAGGGACGCACCUACAGUUUACCAAGCGAUGGAGAAAUUCCUGGAAUCUAAUGAUACAAGCUUGAUUAUGCAGAAAGUGGUUGAGAUGUCUUCAUGGUGGAACUCCACUGAAGCAUCUAGACUAGAUCUGGUGACUCAGGCUCUGCCCAAAAUAUGUGACACCAUCAUGCCUCUCUUGCCUCUCCUGAACCAGAUGGGUAUGGACAUUCCAGCAAACAUGAAGCUGUGUGAUGACCUAGCUGGAAACAUGGCUGUAAUGUUGAGGCAGCUGGUGAACACUAGUGGUCUUCUGCCCCCUAUGGCCUAUGAACCGACAGGUGGCAACCAUAUGGUGUGGUUCCAACAAAGACACAAGGGCCCAUGGAUGCCAAUGAGAAGCCCCAUGGAUGAUUUCAUAGACUUGUUCUACAUCGAUUACUCUGAUAUGUUCAAAGCCAUAUCUGUCCCUCCUACCACAGAAGAAAUUAUGGAGACAGCUCACAUGUUCUUUGACAAUCCUGAUCUGAGCGUUGUGUUGAAGGGAGCUACAGGUGACAUGCAGUGGGGCUUCAAUGACCUUCAGGAAGACACCAUUGAUGCCGGCCUUGGAAUGCUCGCCUUCCUCACUCUCCCCAUCACAUUUCAGAUGUCACCAAUGGAUAUCCUGACAAAUGCCACUGAUAUUCUUCCUGAUGACUAUUCAUUCUCCUCACUGCUUAAAAAUAUCACCAUUGCAAUGGCCACUGAAUCUCAAGAGCUCCUGAAUCUCAAGCAGCACAUCAUCCAAACAGCCAAUGAGAUCUUUCAGACCAACUUGACAGACCCACGAUUCACAGAGGAAUUUGAUCAUCUGAGAUCCCAGGUGUGUGCCUUGGAGAAUACGGAGUCUGCACAUCUGCUGAUGUCACUCUUCUCCAUAGAGCCUGGUCAGCUGUGUAACACUUUCCUUCCCAGCCUGCAGUUCCUAAUUGAGAACCGGCUGAUGAACAUGACGUCUCUGUCCGAUGCCAUCUUUGAUGCCUUCAUCGGAGACCCUAUCACCUACACUGUCCAGGCAACCUGGAGCUCUGUCUUGGCUCAGAGUUUGAAGUUUAACACCAGCAGCCUGAAAGACCUCAACGUUAACAUGACAUCUCCAGGAACGGUGAUGGUUGGUGAGAUGCUGAGGAAUCAAACUGCCUUUGUCUUGGAUGUUCAGCAAUACAUGGAUUUUAAUCUAUCAGUUCUCCACCUGCUGAUGGAAACCCCUCUACCGAACAGCAAUAAGGAGAUCCUGUCCUGGUUGGCCAACCUGCAUCAAUGCAGCUCCGCAUCUAUGAAUAUGAAAUGUUCAGAUGUGGUCAUCUUCAACACCUUCUGCUCCAUGUCUACUGAACAGUGGUACACCUUCUCCCUGCUGGUGGCUCGCCAUCUCAACUUGGAAAAAUUUACCUUUAGGUUGCUGCUGUGUGAAGAAUUGCAGAGCAUGAUGGGAGUUAUGCUGCAAUUAGUUCAGGUUUUAACAGACGCAAUGGACAAGCUGCUUCCCUCCAUUGGUCAACUGCAAAAAUUCCUGCUCUCCAUUGAAGACCUCAGCCUGGGAGCCAGCAAUGAAUUUAAACAUAAGACAAGACACCGGAGGUCUGUUACAUCUAGCGAGGCUACGUUCGUCACCCUCUCUCGAGCACUGUGCAGUAAUGGUAUUACGGCUCUGUUUGCGAUCUCCGAAAUCCCCAGCAGGUCGGACUCAAGCCCCUCCUCUCCCAACAACCAAGAGAGAGAAGAGAUAAUUGAGAGGUUCAAGAUUCCACGAAAUGCCACACCUUACUGUACAAACAUGUUUUUGGAAAUGGUCAGCACCACAGGAGGAGCCAUUGCCUGGGCCUUCCUGAAACCAAUGCUGAUGGGACAAAUCCUGUACACCCCUGACACAGAUGUCACCAGGGCCAUAAUGGAGAAGUCCAAUGACACCUUGCACGAGUUUGCAAAUCUGGCGCAGAACUCAGGAGACUGGAUUAAAACCUCCGGCCAAAUUGUAAAGUCUGCUGAAAUACUCAGCCACACUUUGCCAAUGCUGCAGAAUUCCCUCAGCAAUGCCUUUGUGAAGAAUUUCAUUGAGUUGCAUACAGACAUCAAUGUUGACAGAAUGAAGGAGACGAUCGGCAACUUCUCUGACAUGACAAUGAUGCUGAACCAGAACAAGCGCGUACUAGAUCAGAUCAGCACCUUAUCCAACGUGCUGGUGAACAUCUCCUCCUGUAUCAAGUUUGACCGUUACCGUGGCUACGACUCUGCUGACCAGCUCGACGCUGCCGCUCAGGAACUUGCCAAAAAUCGUGAACUCUAUGCAGGUGUCAUCUUCAAGCUUCCCAAAGAGGACUCAUCCUGGAACUUGUCGUCCUCCACAUCUCCUCUGCCUCCCAUAGUCAGCUACACUAUCCGCAUGCAUAUGGACAAUGUCAUACGUACUGAUCGAACCCGGGAUUCCUAUUUUAUGAAGCACCCACACAUGUUGGCCAGGAAGACAAUGCGCUACAACCGGGGCUUUGUCUACCUUCAGGAGAAUCUGGAUCGGGCUAUCAUCGAGAUCCAGACUAGACAGAAAGUCACAGAACCAGCCGUCCAGCUGCAGGCCUUCCCCUAUCCAUGCCAUCUUCGGGAUGAGUACCUUGACGGCAUUUCUUUUAACUUCCCGACCAUGAUGAUGAUGGCCUGGGUGCUGUUCGUGGCUGAUUUUGUGAAGAAAAAGGUGCAUGAGAGAGAGCUGAGGCUCCAUGAGUACAUGAAGAUGAUGGGAGUCAACCCACUCAGCCACUUCUUUGCCUGGUUCCUGGAGUCUGCUGCCUACCUGUUGAUGACCAUCAUCAUCCUCACUUUGGUGCUGAAGCAUGGCAGAAUUCUGCCCAACAGUGAUGGCUUCAUUCUCUUCUUGUACUUCUGCGACUAUGGCUUUAGCAUCCUAGCCUUUAGUUACCUGGUCAGCUCCUUCUUUGACCAGACCUACAUCGCCGGCCUGAGUGGCAGCCUUCUUUACAUCCUCUGCUUCUUCCCUUUCCUUGUGGUCAUGUCUGUGGAGGGAAGUCUCAACAUUUUCCAGAAAAGCGCCCUGAGUUUGUUUUCCCCGACCUGUUUCAGUUAUGCCGGUCAAUAUGUCUUUCGCUAUGAAAACCAAGGAGAAGGAAUUCAGUGGAGCAACUCAUACACCUCACCCUUAGCUGGAGACACAGCCUCGUUCGGUUGGAUGUGCUGGCUGAUGCUCAUUGACUCCAUCCUGUACUUCCUCAUUGGGGUUUACAUCCGCAUGGUCUUCCCAGGAAAAUAUGGCAUCCCAGCUCCAUGGUACUUCCCCUUCAAAGCUUCUUUCUGGGCUGACCUGUGCUGUAGCAGUAAGCCAAGGAGACAGGUUGGCACUGGGCUUCUGUUCACCAACAUCAUGCAGCAAAACCAGCAUCUCUUCCCUGAUGACAAGGGAAAAGAUGAAUGCACUCUAUCCUGCCAGUCUGGUGAGAAUUUCUCAACACUCCCAGUGGGCGUUACCCUCCAUGGUCUCACCAAGAUCUAUGGCGACCGAGCAGCCAUUCAGAACCUUAAUGUUUCCUUCUAUGAGGGCCAUGUUACCUCAUUGCUUGGUCACAACGGAGCUGGCAAGACCACCACCAUGUCUCUCCUGACUGGCCUUUUUGCCCCAUCAUCUGGCACAAUUGAGGUGUAUGGCAGAGAUAUGCAGAGCAACAUAGAUGAUGUUCGCAAAGAACUGGGUGUCUGCAUGCAAUACGACGUCCUCUUUGACCACAUGACCGCCAAAGAGCACCUGUUGCUCUAUGGCCAGAUCAAGGCCCCACACUGGUCACCUGGGCAACUGCGUGAACAAAUUCGGAAGACCCUAGAGGAGACAGGCAUGUACGCCCACAGACACAAGCUGGUGGGCGCCCUGUCGGGCGGCAUGAAGCGUAAGCUGUCAAUCUCCAUCGCCUUCAUAGGGGGUUCUCGCUUGGUGGUUCUGGAUGAACCCACCACGGGAGUCGAUCCUUGCUCCAGGCGCAGCAUCUGGGACAUUAUUAUCCAGAAUAAGAAACAGCACACCAUCAUCAUGUCCACCCACCACCUGGAUGAGGCUGAAGUGCUGAGUGACCGCAUUGCCUUCCUGGAGAAAGGAGGAUUAAAAUGCUGUGGAUCUCCCUUCUACCUGAAAGAAAAGCUGGGUCAAGGCUACAAACUCACCCUCAACAAGAAGGUAUUCAUCCAAGGAAAAGUCUGGAUUUUAAACCAGCAGUCUGGGAACAUUGAUGAUGCUGAACUGAAGGCCUUUGUCCAAGCACAUGUACCUGGAGCGCAGCUCAAGGAGGUCCACAGGGGUGACUUGAUCUACUCACUGCCCCCUUUGACCUCAUCCAAUACCUCCUCAUACCGCUCUCUACUGGCAGCGCUGGACUCCAACCUGGAUUCCCUGCAGCUGGAGGGCUAUGGUAUCUCUGACACCACCCUAGAGGAGGUAUUCCUCCAGUUGACUCAUGAAAACACAGAAGCUGGUGCUGACGAUGGGCUCCUGUCUGUCUCAGAGACACUUUCUGACACUGGAUCCCUUGACAGCUUCCCUUCAGAUGACAGUGAGGGCAUCUCCAGCGCUAGUGACAUGAUCAAGCUUACCAGUUCAACCGUGCUGUGCGGCAUGGCCCUGACCUGGCAGCAGAUAUCAGCCAUACUGAUCAAGAGGUUCCACCACAGCCGCAGAGACUGGAAGGGCCUGCUCUCUCAGAUCCUGCUUCCGGUUCUGUUUGUGAUCUUUGCAAUGAGUCUAGGCUCCAUCAAAAACAACCUGAAGAACUAUCCUGAGAUGGAGCUGAGCCCUGCCCUCUACAACAUUGGACCAAGUUAUUCUUUCUUCAGAAACCAAAAUCCCAACUCCAGCCAUCUGGUGGACGCCAUGAUGUCAUUCCCCGGGAUUGAUAACGCCUGCCUCAACAAACCCGAUAAGACGGUCUGCAGAAUAAGCGCAAACUCCUGGAGUUCCAGUGGGAACAGCUCCAAAGGAUUUAGUGUCUGUAAAUGCACUCCUCAGGAACAGAUUUGUGAGGCAAACAACUUCCAGCCACCGCAUACGCAGUUUCCUUCAUCUCAAAUUGUUUAUGACCUCAGUGGCAUCGAUACUGAGAACUACUUAGUGGCCACAGCCAAUGACUUCAUCAGGAACAGGUAUGGCGGCUUUGAUUUCGGCAUGCCGCUACCUUCUGACCUGCAAAAGGAUCUCAAAGCAGUGCCCAAAAACCGUACUCUGUCUAAGGUCUGGUUCAACCCUGAGGGCUUCCACACAAUGCCAGCAUACUUGAACAGCCUCAACAACUUCAUCCUACGCUCCAAUCUUCCGGCAGACAAGGAUCCACGUGACUAUGCCAUUUUCGUUUCCAGUCACCCUUAUUUUGGCCGGAUGGAUGAUGAAGACAUAAUUCUUCAGGGAAUGCUUCACAUUCUUGUGGCUCUGUGUGUGAUGUUGGGGUACUCGAUCAUGACAGCCAGCUUUGCCAUCUAUGAAGUCAAUGAGCACCACGGUGGCUCCAAGGCGCUCCAGCACAUUGCCGGCAUCAGCGAGCCCCUUUACUGGACUGUGAACUUUUUUUAUGACAUGGUCAUGUAUAUGAUCCCUGUGACUUUGACUGUUGCUGUGGUCGCUGCCUUCCAAAUUCCAGCAUUCACAGAUCGCCAGAAUUUGGCUGCCGUCACCCUCCUGAUGGUGCUCUUUGGGUUUGCUACCUUCCCCUGGAUGUAUUUGUUAUCAAGUGUCUUCAAGGAUGCAGAAAUGGCCUUCAUCAUCUAUGUGUGCAUCAACCUCUUCAUCAGUAUCAACACAAUCACAUCCACCUCCAUCCUCUACUUUCUGAGUCAAAUUUCACAUACGAACCUAGAGGCGAUCAAGGACACCUUAAAUACACUGAACUGCGCCUUCAAAAUCUUCCCCCAAUUCAACUUUGGCAACGGGCUAAUAGAGCUGGCUAGGAAAGACAUAGACGUUCAGAUUCUCAGCGGCUACGGCAUUGAUGCCUAUCAGAACCCAUUCUCCACAGAGUCACUGGGCUGGAUGUUUAUGUCCUCCUUCAUUCAAGGCCUGGUCUUCUUCACCCUGCGCCUCCUGUUCAACAGGUCUCUCAUACGCAAAGUCAGGCGUCUGAUUUGUGGCAGAAAGACAGUUUCCCAGGAGCCUUGUGAGGAUGAGGAUGAGGAUGUGGUGGCUGAGCACCUACGGGUGUCCAGUGGAGGAGCCAGUUCAGACAUACUGCAGGUCAACCAGCUCACAAAGGUCUAUCAGUAUCUCAAAACCAAGGUCCAUGCUGUCAAGAGGCUCUCUGUGGGCAUCCCUGCGGGAGAGUGCUUUGGUCUGUUGGGAGUGAACGGUGCAGGAAAAACUACCACCUUCAAGAUGCUGACUGGAGAUGUUAGCCCCACUGAUGGCACAGCACAGAUCAGGGACUGGGAUGGGCGGUUGGUAGACAUCAUGGAGUGCCGUAACAAGGGAAUUAACAUCGGCUACUGUCCCCAGGUGGACGCACUGGACAGCCUGCUAACUGGAAGAGAGCACUUGUACUUCUACGCUCGCAUUCGAGGCAUCUCAAAGAGAGAGAUAGAUAGGUUGGUGAACUACCUACUGAAGAGGCUAGAGCUGAGUGACUACAGCAACAUCAUUACCGAUGGCUACAGCUGUGGUACCCGCAGGAAGCUCUCUACAGCGCUGGCUCUCAUUGGGCAUCCACAAAUAUUGCUCCUGGAUGAACCAAGUUCUGGCAUGGACCCUCGCACCAAGCGUCACCUAUGGAAAAUCAUCUCUGAAGAAGUGAAAGGAAAAAGUGCUGUGGUCCUCACCUCUCACAGCAUGGAAGAGUGUGAGGCACUGUGCAGCCGUCUUGCUAUCAUGGUGAAAGGUCAGUUCCGAUGCCUGGGAUCCCUGCAGCACAUUAAGAACAGGUUUGGCAAUGGGUUCACUGUGAAGAUGUACAUGGCCAAUGCUUCCUGUGAUGCACAGGCAAUCACCAACUUCAUGCAGCACCAUUUCCCCAGCACAUAUCUCAAGGACCAGCACUCCACUAUGGUGGAUUACCAUGUACCAAUUGCCCCAGGAGGGGUGGCUGACAUCUUCGACAAGCUGGAGUCCAACAGGAAUACUCUACAGAUCAAACACUUCUCUGUGAGCCAGACCACACUGGAUGAGGUCUUCAUCAACUUUGCCAUGGGAAAGGUUGGCAUGGAAACCAUACCUCAAGGCGAGGACGAACAUGAGCUGGGCUCCAUUAAAGCAAUACAAACAAAGAGCUGAGUGCCAUCUCGUCUGUGUACACAGUGAGAUGAAACAUAGUACUGUGGCUUUUUAUAGUAAAUUUGCCAUUAAUCUAAAUGUGAAAACCAAAAGUUAAGCCAUUCAUGUUUUAAAAACGGAUUAUUUCUUGAAAGUCUCCUGACAGAUCGUAUGAAGGGUGACGUAAUUGUACUGUUAACAUAAGCCAGAAAGUACACGCACAUUCAAGUCAAUUCUCUUUUGGUUUAUUCACUUUUCAUAUUUUAUAGCUCAGGCAUAUCAACUUGUAUUUUACCUUUCACUGAAUCUGAUUAUUUUUGAAGGAUGAAAUUAAUUGUAUAGGCAGUUUAUUUCACUCUGUGUUUGGGGCACUGGUCAUAUUAAAAUAUUUUACCAUAGCAAUCAAAAACACUAUUUUCUAUUUAAGGUCAUGUUUAUUUGGCCUUAAUAUUGGCAAAACAAUUUUAGAUCAUCGUACAUACUCACCAAAUAUAUAAUAUGUCUAAUGAAGUAUAUUUUUAAUCUGAUGUGAAUGUAAUUGUUCCUGCUGGAUGACUUUUGACAAA